AUGAAUCCUAGCGAAUCUUCUGUAUCCAAAUCUACUUCAUCAGUAAGCUCAAUUGGAGUCAAUAAGGAUUCAGUCAUACAGGGUAAGUAUUCAUUAUCUGAUCAGAUUUUCCCUGUUUACGACCAAAUGAUGCAAAAAGCAAUUCUUCCUAAAUGGUUUUUAGCUUUUGUUGCUUUCUACAUCAUGCUACAAAUACUAAUAAUUGCUUUUUGGGUUUAUACAGAACCAUUUUUAAGAAUUAAUUCAAAAUAUUCGAAAUUUUUCGAAAUAUUUUUAAAAGUAUUUAUUUAUGGAGAUGCAAUCCAUUACACAGAGGUCAAAGGUCUGAAUAUGUACAGGACACUCAUAGUAUCACUUUUCGCAUUCUUUUGGGUAUUUUUUGUAAUUUAUUAUCACAAAUUAAAAUAUUCGAUUCCCGUUCCACUUCUUUAUAUUACAUCACUGAUUGUUGAUAUAUUGGUACCAGUAUUUAUCACACCUUCCGCUUAUGUUGCAUGUCAUGGAAUUGUAAACUUAAAAUAUGCUCAUAACUCAACAAUUAUAGGUGAAAUCAUCAUUGGGUUUAUUUCUUAUGGCAUUACACUUAUGAAUUUCUCGAUAACUACAACAUUGAAAGCAAGAUCCGUUGCUUUGACAAAUCUAACAUUUCCACUUUUUGACAGUUCUUCUAUCGUUGUUUGGACGAUAAGUACAACAUUAUGCUGCAUUUUAUCAGCCAUAUUAACAUACUUUGAAAACUGGACGCAGAUCAUUGUUAUCGUUAUUCAUGCAAUAAUUAGUUGUUAUCUUUGUUAUAGACUAUUGUUCAUACCAUUUUAUGAUUUAUAUAGAAAUGCAUCAGUUUUAGCAUUUGCAAUCACAUCAAUCGUUCUUGAUAUCUAUUCAAUACUUAUGCAACUCAUCAAAUCAAUUCCUUAUGAAUACAUUCCCUUCAUUCUAAUUGGAUCCUUGAUAAUCAGUUUUAUUUUUGCUUCAAUAUUUUAUAAAAGGAAAGUAAAACAAAUCAAAGAAGAUUUGACUUUCAGAACUGACAAUCCAAAAGCACCUGAAUACUUAGCAUCAUUAAAUAUUGAUUCAACACAAUUACGAGCAAUGGAAUAUAUUGUUGUCGGCUUGACACAAAUAUGCGACUACUUUGUUGAUGGAUCUUUGACAGAUUACAUUAUAAAAGUUGACGAAUUUGAAGGAAUAUUGGCAAUUUUAUUACAAGUUGUUACAUUUUUCCCAUGCGAAUCUAGAAAGAUGGAUGUUUUAUACAAGAAACUUAUUAUGAAGAGAAAGCUUUCAUUUGCAGACAGAUUCUUAUUAUACCAAGUUUACAGGAUUAAAACAAGAAGAUUAGUAACUGAUACAAAAUCAACACUUGAAACAUACACAAAGCUCAAAGCAAGAAAUGAUGAAUGUAAACAAAGUAUUAGAUCAUUUUGGGAUUUUCCUAGUUGUAAAAUCAAUUACUUGUCAUCAUUAAGUAUCACUGUUAAUGACAUUAAUUCAUUGUUCAUUAAUACAAUCCAAGAAAAUCCAAAUAAUGUCAGAAUUGCUACAGAAUAUUCUGACUUUUUGAUUGAAUGCAUGACAAAUUUUGAUGAAGCAAUUAGACAGAAAGUCAAAGUUGAAAGGAUUCUCAAUGGCACAAAUUUCAAUGUUGAUAUAAGUUUCCGAUCCUUGGUUAACAAAUUCCCAAGAUAUCUGAAAGACAAAAUCUUGGACACAAAAGGAAGAUUGAUAAUGAGAUUGAAAGAGAGGAAUUCUGAUCCAUUAAAUGAUAAUUCAAGCAAUCAAAGCAAAUCAGGUUCAAGCUCAAAAGAAACAAACACAUCAACAUUAACAGUUGAUCUUGAAACGCAAGAAGUUGUCAGCAAAAGAGUUUUAAGAGAUUCAAAAGUCAGAUUGGCAUUUCAUCAGAGUAUUCAUACUUUACAUCCUCAUCACAUGAAAAAUUUAACAAUCUUGGCAAACUCAAUAUUAGUGGUUUGCUUUUCAAUCUUUAUUGCUUAUUAUGCAUAUCAGAAGGAUAAAUUAAAAUGGAGAAGAGAUGCUUUUGUUGAAUUCAGAUACAUGUCACUUGCUUUAGAUAAAACUUAUUAUGCUUCAUUCGUUUUAACUUUGGAAUGGGCGAGAAUGCAUGACAGAUAUGACAACUCAACUGAAAUCAUGGGCAACAUAUCAAUUGAUUUUGAAGACAAUCCUAUUGCUAAAAAUAAAUGGGAGCCAGCUUAUGAAACAAUUUACCAAACAGUUGAUCAAGCGAAAGAUUUCUUGGAAACAUUAUAUCAAUCAAUGGCAGAUUCGGCAAGAACGGAAGAUAUUUAUGAAAUUAUUCCUUUAUUGCUGAAGCCUAGAUCAAAGAUUUAUGCUUGCACUAAUUAUGAAAUUUCUCAUGAUAUGCCGGGUAAUUUAAAGGACCAAUUUGUUAUCAUUCAUUUCUUCCAAGAUAAUUUUGCCGGAGAUUUUCAUGUAAUGGAUAAAGAUAUUCCAAACAUUUAUCAAAAUGACUUUUAUUGCCAGUUAUUUGCCAAUUCGUAUAUUCUAUCUAAAAAUGCUGAAGAAUCAAUAGAAAACAUUUUAGACUAUAGUGUCGAAAAAUCUCAAAAAUUGAUUGAUGAUGUUUGGUUAUGGACUGGAAUCGGAGGAGGAAUAGUAUUAUUUGUUACUUUUAUUCCAAUGAUAAUUAUUAUAAUAAACUAUUAUAAAAUUGUUAAUGGCCUAUUAAAAGUACUACUAGAACUCCCCAACAGUGCAAAAGAAGAUGCCAAAAAGAGAUUGAAUAUCGAAAACACAGACGAAAUAGUAGAAACUUCAAACAAAACAAAGAAAUCCAAAUUGCUUGAAAUCUCAAUUUUCAUUUAUUUUGCAAGUGCAGCAUUGAUUACAGUAUUAUACUGUUUAUCUGGUUUAUAUACAUACUAUUUUAAUGAUUUGAUGGCAAACUUGUUGGAUUGGUAUUAUAUUUCUUGUGUAAGAAAUGUUGCUUCUUCAGAAUUAAGAAAUAAUAUCUUACAUAUCAUUUUGCUCAAUGAUUCACUACCAAAUAAAAUCAUUCCACUGGAAGAUAUUUAUCAAGCGGCAUUAGAUGAAAUAGAUCUACUCAAAAGAUAUAAUCAAUAUCUUAUUGAAGGAGGGAAUAAUUUUGAAAGAUUUAUUGGAUUUGAUGCCGAAUCUGAUAGUUAUCAAUUCAUGGAAGUAUGCGAACUUGGGCGAGAUCCAAAAUCAAUGCAUGAUAUGUAUGCAUGUAGUUCAAUUGAUAAACAAAUAGCUUUUCUUACAACCAAUGUUAGAGAUAUAAUGAAAAAUCCAGAUAAAUUAUCUGGUGCAAUUAAUGAUGAAGUAACUCAAAAUGUAAUGCACUUAAUUAACAAUCAUUUCUAUCCAUUAACAGUUUUGGCCGCAACAAGAGUGAAGAGUUUAUUACAAGACAAUUUCGAUGCAGGAAUGAAGAAAUUAACAAUUUAUUUAGUAAUUGAAUUGUUAAUAUCAUUAUUUUUAUUCAUUUUACCUUUGUUUAUUAGAGCUGUAAUCUGGGAAAACUAUAAGAUGUUACUUAUGCUUUUAAAGCAUUUGCCACCUCAAGUAAUAAUAGAUACUCCAGAAAUACUUGAUUUCUUCAGAGAAAAAUCAAAGCAUCAUCAUACAGAAGCAAUGACUAUAUCUAAAUCCGUUGUUUAUAAUACUUCCGAAUGCAUUGCAAUUACUAAUCAGAAUGCAAUCAUUGAGAUUGUUAAUCAAUCAUUAACAGCAAAUAUCAAUAUAACACCAGAUCAAAUACUAGGACAAAGCAUUACAAAUAUCAUUUCAUUGAGUGAACAUGAUAGAAUUGGAAAUCAAAUCCAACUAAUGACAACAGGUCAAGGUUCAAGCGUUUGGCAAGAUCAUACAAAGCUCGUUAAAGAUGAUGGCUCCGAAGUUCCUUUUGGAAUCACAAUCAUUGGAAUGAAAGAAAACGAAGGCUCAGCUGAUAUUACAUCUCUUGUUUUCAUUUUAGAAAAUGAAGAAGAAAAAAUCAAACAAAAGAAGUUGGCUGAAGAAUCAAAGGCAAAAUCAGAGAAGCUGUUAUAUCAAAUACUUCCAAAAGAUAUCGUUGUCAGACUUAAUAGAGGAGAAACAGAUAUUUCUUUCACAAUUCCUAGCGCAACAAUAUUCUUUAUUGAUAUUGUUAAAUUCUCAUCAUAUGCAGAACUAUUGACGCCAUCUGAGAUCAUGGCAAAUCUCAGUUUAGUUUUCGCAACAUUUGAUGGAAUAGUUUCUGAAUUCCAAUCAAUAACGAAAAUCAAACUCAUUGGAGAUGUUUACAUGGCUGCAGCUGGAUUAUUCCAAGAUCCAAAGGAAGAGUCUAAGCAGCAUGCAGAAGAUGCUGUGAGAUGUUGUUUGAAAUGCGCAAAAUCAAUGGAAGAAAUCAACAUGAAACUAAAUGCUUCAUUAGAAGUUAGAAUUGGCUGCAAUAGUGGUGGCCCACUAAUUGGAGGUGUCUUAGGAACUGAUAAACCAACAUUUGAUAUUAUUGGUGAUACGAUCAAUGUUGCUGCAAGAUUACAAUCAACAGAUAUACCAGGUAAUGUUCAGAUUUCGGCAUCAACAAAAGAAAUGAUUGAACACUUAGAUUUUGUGAUUGAAGAAAGAGGAUUAAUUUACCUGAAAGGAAAGGGAAAACAAAUGACAUAUUUUGUUUCUUUUAAGAAUAAUGAUGGGAAUAAGUCCAGUUUCGAUUCAUCAUUUACUUUGAAAUUAAAUUGA